UGUUGUAAACGGCUGGCUUCCGGCUGAGCCCUCACUCUGUCCUCUGAAGCGGCGCUCUUCACUCUCCCGACUCUCCGCGCGGAGCCACUGCUUUCCAACCCGGGAUAACUCGACGUUUGCGGAGAUACCAUGGUGACCAUCCCAGAGUACUAUGCAGGAAAAAACGUGCUGCUCUCUGGAGCGACGGGCUUCAUGGGGAAGGUGUUGCUGGAGAAGCUGCUGAGGUCCUGCCCCGAAGUGGGAGCCGUCUAUGUGCUGGUCCGGUCAAAGGCGGGCCAGAGCCCGCAGGCCCGCGUGGCCGACAUGAUCAACUGCAAGUUGUUUGAACAGUUGCAAGUGGAGCAGCCGGGCUUCGCUGAGAAGAUCAUCGCCGUGAACUCUGACCUCACUCUGGCAGAGAUGGAUCUCAGCAAAGAGGACCAGGACUUGCUGGCAGAACGCAUUAACAUCGUCUUCCACUGCGCCGCCACCAUCCGCUUCAACGAGCCGCUCAAAGAUGCCAUGCAGCUGAACGUGCUGGCCACUCAGAAGAUGCUGGCGCUGGCCCGCAGGAUGAAGCACCUGGAGAUCUUCACCCACGUGUCCACAGCCUACGCCCACUGUGACAGAGAGGUCAUUGAAGAAAUCGUCUACCCUCCCCCUGUGGACUACCGCAAACUCAUCGACACUCUGGACUGGAUGGAUGAUGAUCUGGUAUCGUCCCUGCUACCAAAGCUGCUUGGAGAGCGUCCUAACACCUACACCUAUACCAAAGCUUUGGCCGAGUACCUGCUGCAGCAGGAGGCUGGGGACAUCAACGUGGCCAUUGUCAGGCCUUCCAUCGUUGGAGCCAGCUGGAAGGAGCCUUUCCCGGGCUGGAUUGACAAUUUCAAUGGACCUAGUGGAAUAUUUAUUGCAGCUGGCAAAGGCAUCCUGCGAACAAUGAGAGCAUCUAAUAACGCAGUGGCCGACUUGGUGCCUGUGGAUGUGGUCAUCAAUGCAACGCUGGCUGUGGCUUGGUACUCCGGCUCACAGAUGCGCAGCAGGUCCAAAAACAUGCUGGUGUACAACUGCACCACCGGAGGGAUCAACCCGUUUCACUGGGGGGAAGUUGAAUAUUGUAUAAACAUGACCUUCAAGACCAAUCCCUUAGAGCAGGCCUUCAGAAGGCCCAAUGUCAAUCUGCGCUCCAACCCCUUUACUAAUCAGUACUGGACCACAGUCAGCCACACGCUGCCCGCCCUGCUCUAUGACGGCUAUCUCAGGCUGACGGGUCACAAGCCCCGGAUGAUGAAGACCAUUUCCCGCCUCCACAAAGCCAUGAUGGUCCUGGAGUACUUCACCAGUCACUCGUGGGAGUGGAACACGGACAACAUGAGCAUGCUGCUGGCCCAGAUGAGCCCAGAAGAUAAGAAGGUCUUCAACUUUGACGUGCGUCAGCUGAAUUGGGCAGAGUACAUGGAAAGUUACUGCAUGGGCACCAAAAAGUACGUCCUGAACGAAGAGCUGUCGGGCCUUCCUGCUGCGCGCAAACACCUCAACAAGCUGAGGAACAUCCGCUACACCUUCAACACCAUCCUGGUGGUGUUCAUUUGGCGCAUCUUCAUCGCCCGAUCCCAGAUGGCCCGAAACAUCUGGUACUUUGUGGUGAGCCUCUGCUUCAAAUUCCUCUCCUACUUCAGAGCUUCCUCCACCAUGAGAUAAUGAGCUGGGAAGGCGGUCGGAGACCUGAGGCCGACGAGAGGUUCCUGUUUUCAACGCUGCAGUAACCAAGCGAAUGCCUGAAAAGAAGAGCCUCUGACCAGCCUGGACUGAUUCCUGCUUCCUUCGUCACUCCUGCACCGGCGUGUUGAAAGCGCUGCAUACGUGUCGGGCUAAUGGGCGCGGGUCACUUUCAAGACUUUAUUUGGAUGAUACUCUGCCCUGAGAGCCCGUCAGGAUUCAGUCUCUUUGGACUCCUAAAGUUAGGCUUUUUUAAACCAAAUUUUCUGCCUGCAGUUUUUGUUUUCUUACACAUUAGUGUUUAUCAUCAGACCAAAGCCGUUUGAAACGUUCAGGUGGAAAACUCUGCAUCUGGACCGACUCUUUACCAGCAGAGCAGACGGAGACGCAUUCACCAGUGCCUAAAACAGACUAUUUCCGCAUAACGUCUUGCAAAAGCUUCAUGUUGUGCUUCUUCUUUUUCCCGUAGCUGUUACCCUGAAUGCUGAGCGGUGUUUCUGCCGAAAGGGCAGCUCAGACGGAGGAUGGGCUCUCUCUGGCGUCCUGUCGUUCUUUACGUUUAGCUUCCUGUCUGUGCGCUUGUCUCAUGUUUGUCUUGGUGUUUCCUUCCGAGCCACAGAGCUUCGCUUCAGCUUGGUGUGUGUGUGUUUAGCUUGAGUCCAUUUGUUGAACUGACUGCAGUAGUGAGAAAGGGGCUUCUCUGUGUUGGGUUGUGGCUUUGUGUGUCUUGACCCUGAACGCCGGUGUCCCCGCCUCCUGAAUGUCAUAUUCACAGCUUUGUGUGAACGGGAAGUUGGUGCCUGAACUUUUUUGUUGACAAAAGUAAGAAAAGCCAUCAGGUGUGUGUUUGCUGAGUGAGUGUUCUGGUUUUCUUUGGGGGGCUUUGGGAUAAUAGUGGGUCUGCUUAGCCGUGGGCGGUUUACAUGCAUAGAGCUGACAGGUCAGGGGCGGCGCUGUAAGUGAGGGAAUGCAGGGCUUUUUGAUCUGACGUUUGCAGCAGAAUUGAACUUUUGAUUCUACCACGUGUCACAUUACCUUUUCUGAAUGUUUGAAAAAGAAACUUUUUUGCACAACUUAAGCCUGACUUUGCAGCAAGAAGCCAAACCCGCGGUUACUGCCCGUCACUUCUGGCACUUUUUGAAGAUGAAUCGUUCUGUUUAUGUUCUGUUACAGCAAAAUCUUGUGUUUCACUAAAAUGUCAACGAUGAAUUUGAGGUUGUGAUGGUAACUUCAUUUAUAAAUGUGCAGGAAGGACAAGCAGUCAUUUAACUUGAAGGCUUCAUAUCUGUUCUUUGUGACAUUGAAAGUGACAUUUUAAAGUUUUUGUCGAUUAAUCUGUCAUUUUCCACCUGACCUUCCUGCUCCCACCUGAGAGGAAGGUGCUCCAUUUCGUCGGCAUGGUGCACAGGAAGUGGUUUCUGCCCCCUCUUUGUAACUGAAAUCCGUCUAUGUACAUUUCUGUAAACCAGAACGGGCAGAAAAGAAGGUUUUUAUGGCCAAUAAAACCAAGCAGCACUUUUCAGACUUGAACUCAAACAGCAAUUCUAAUGUAUGGAAUGUGUAGGAGAAGCACAAGGAGGGCUCAGUGCGACAAAAUAGGAUUUUAUGCCAUUGAUUGUAAAUCAGAAGUCAACAUGUGAAAUAAAUGUUAAAAAAAACAUGUAAGGUCAUUUUAAUUAUUUCAAACUAAAUACUUGAUUAAGAUGGGAAUAACGUGGGUCAAAUUGAAUCUCCUUAUUUCGAAAGUUAAACAUAGUGUUGAUGUCACUGGUACAAAACCAUGUGACAUCAACACUACUCAUCGUAAACUCUAACUCCACCCACAUUUAUUAUCUUUGUAGAAUGAUGCCUUUAUUAAAAAAAAAAGUGACUUUUUCCACGUGUGAUUUCUGGUUAUAACUGUCCUUCACUUCAUUUAUAAACCAUCACUAAAAGCUUUUGGGAUCAAAAAUGUUUUAACUAAAGCUUUGGGUAUAAAUGUAUCAUUUCCUGCAAAGAAGAAGUGAUUUGCUCCUCCAUGGCUGAAGUGAAGCUGAGCUCCAUGUCUUCAGCAUUGGGUUAAAAUCCUGCUGUUGGUGUCAGCCUCCUGUAAAUCUCUCCCUUCUCAGCAUCAGGAUGGCCAUCUGCUCUCUUUCAAAGAUGAUCCUACCCUCUUCCAGAAGAACUAACCCAGUGCCUUUUGUUUUGUUACCAAAAAGGACAAAUAAACGUUGUAUGUUCUUCCUGA